AUUGCCGCGGAUUUCGGUCAAUCUCAGCUUCGCGCGCAUCUCACAGCUGUGUACUAGUGUAGCAGGCAGCUCCUCACCGAAUGUGAGGUUCCUCCCGGAUGAAGUACCUAUUGCUGGCGCUGGACUCCCUCGCUCUGGCGUCCGCAGCGGCAGUGCAUCACCCAGACGUUGUGCAGGAGCCAAGAGGUGAGGAUCGCAAGGCGCUCUUCGAGGUGUCGGCCGGCGGCCAUGUCAAGCCUCGGCGCGAGAGGAGUGUCAUGCGCUCGGAGGCGCACGCGGAGCUUGCAGCUCGAGCCGAAAGAGACGACAGCGACAUGGACCAUUUCCAGCUGCGGCUGUUGGAUGACUCGCAGAGAAAAGCCACCACGAAGAGGGCCAUCGUCACCCACAUCUGCGACAGCAGCUGGGCCCCUGGAGCCCUGGCCCUGGCGGCGUCGCUGAAGAAGGCGGGCAGCCAGAUGAACCUGGUGCUCAUGACCACCAGCGAUAUUGAUUCUCGCUACCAGCGCCUCCUAUCGCACGUCUUCGACAAGGUCUUUGUGGAGGAGCCAGUGCGGCCCCACGAGAGCAUUGUGCGGGAUGGGGCGGACUGCGUGACGCUGCAGCUGAGAGCUUGGCAGUUGCCCUACGAGAAGCUUCUGUACAUGGAUGCAGACAUGAUUGCCUUGAAGAAUCAUGAUGCCCUACUGGACCAGUUUGACGAGCUGGCUGCCCGCAGAGAUGCCGGCAUCCACUCGCAGUUCAACGGAGGCAUGUUUGUCCUGGAGCCCUCCCAGGACAAGUUCCAGCAGCUCCGGAACCGCCUGAAAGACUUCAGGCUCCCAGCCAAGGGGAAUGGCGGCAUCCAGGCUUUCCUGAACAGCGCCUUCCCCGAAUGCCCGGAAGCCAGUCCCGGAGUUGGGUGCUGGAUGGGCCAGCUGGGAGAUGAGUACAACAAGUUUACGCGUGAGUUGAGCGAAGACCAGCUGGCAUCUGGCACAUACGCAAGCCUUCACUUCAGUGGAGACUGGGGAGGUCAAAGGAAGCCUUGGAUGGCCGACUGCAUGGUGUCCUCCGACUCCGUCACCAGGAGGAAGGACACAGGAUUGCAAAGCAAAAUCCUACAAGUUUGGCUGGACGCCUUUCGUGGAGUGGAAGCCCCUGAGGGCCUGGAAGAUUUGCUGCAUAUUGAUUGCCCGGCGGGUGACGAGAUGUGACGGACCGAGGAAAAGCUUUAGCUUGGACAUUUUACAACAGUUCGGUCAUGUGGCCCAU